GAGGUUAUUUUGAUCACAGCGUUCGACGUGUAUCUUCCGAUACAUCGCGCCGGCUUCCGCGGCAGACUAGCACUUAUCAACAACCCGUUAUCGUCAAAGACUCUACGGUCCGCUGAGGACCGCGAACUGGUGGAGUGGCUCGUACCUGACCCAUGUACGACGCACGGAUGUCCGCACAAUCGUUUGUUUAGGGUGCGGCGGGUAUAAAGCCAUGACUUCGCAUCUGCUCCGGCCGGCUGCCCCGCGACCACCAGCGGCCUCGUUCGCCUACCGUCCUCGGCCUCCAGGACCAAGCGGAGCCCUGACACGACCUCAAGAUGCACGUUCCAUCGGCAGACGACGUGAAGUACGGCGUGCAUACGAAGCUCGUUGCGCCUGUGCACGGGUGGGCCUCCCGCCUUCGGCACGCGUUUGACUCCAAGGACGCCUUCCUGACGUACAUCCACACGGAAGGCAACGCGCACCAGGGGCACUCGUGGGUCAAUGAAGAUCUCAAGCCGUCCCCGCCCGCACAGGUCAACUGGCGGUGGUACAACUUCUGCAUCUUCUGGUUCGGAAUGGGCUUUGGCAACUGGACACUUGGCUCCAGUCUGGUUGACGGCGGUCUGUCAUGGUGGCAGGCGACGAUUUGUAUCUGGAUCGCCGCGACAGUGGCUGGGACGUGCAUGGCGUUCAACUCGCGCGCUGCGGCGAACUACCAUGUAGGCUACCCCGUCAUUCUGCGUACCUGCUUCGGCAUGUAUGGGCACUACUGGCCGGUCCUAGCUCGCGGCGUCUGUGCCUGCCUCUGGGUCUCUGUCAUCACGUUCCAGGGCGGCGCGUUCGUCUCCACAAUGAUCAAUUGCGUCGUCGGGAACGGCUGGAACGAUCUAUCUGUCUCCUUCCCCGAGUCUGUGGGCUGCACGGUCCAGCGCUUCGUCGGCUUCCUCAUCUUCUGGGCGUUCCUCCUCCCGUUCUGCUCGCUCCGCCCGACGCGCCUCAAGUGGCUGUACAACUUCAAGGCGUGGAUCCUUCCGCCGAGCGUCCUCGGCCUGCUCAUCUACUGCCUUGUGCAGAGCAAGGGUAAGCUCGCCAGCACGGCGGCCCUCGCGGGCACGGACGCGAGCAAGCUCCCAAAGGGUGCAACUCUGGCGUGGCUGAUGGUCAGCUCGAUCAAUUCAUGUAUGGGUAACUGGUCGACGUUCAUCGCGAACAUGCCCGACUUCUCGCGGUACUCGGACAGCCCCAAUGCCGUGCUCUGGACGCACAUCCUCUUUGUCCCCUUCCCCGCAGCUCUUGGUGGAAUGAUCGGCGUGUUUGGUACUGCUGCGCUCCAGCAAGCAUGGGGCGUGACCAUCUGGAACCAGUGGGACGUUUACGACGCGAUGCUUGAGCACUCGUUCACAGGCCCGAUGCGCUUCUUCGUCUUUCUGCUCGCGUUCUGCUCCCUGCUCUUCAACUUCGGCGCGCUCCUCGGCGCGAACCUGCUACCCUUCGGGUCGGACAUCACCUCCCUCUUCCCGACGGUGUUCAACAUCUCGCGGGGGAUGUGGUUCUGCGGGACGAUCGCGCUCGCGCUGCAGCCAUGGAAGAUCCUCGCGUCGAGCAACGGCUUCCUUGCGUUCCUCGGCGGGUACGGCAUCUUCAUGGGCCCCGCCGCGGCGAUCAUGAUCACGGACUAUUGGUUCGUGCGCCGCGGCAACAUCGCGAUCAUGGACGCGUACUCGUCCGAGAAGGGCGCGACGUACAUGUACUGGCGCGGCUUCAAUCCCAACGCGUGCCUCGCGUACUUCUGCGGGAUGAUGCUCCCGUUCGUGGGCUUCGUGGGCACGUUUGGUGUGCCGGUGCCCAAGAACGCGACUAAGAUCGACGACCUCGGGUGGUACGUCUCGGCGGUCACCGCGGGGGUGCUCUACGUUAUCUUCUGCAAGAUCCGCCCGCUGAGCAAUGUCGAUCCAAGUAUGCCCUUCGAGCAGAUGGCGCAUGAAUUUGCGGAUAUGCGCGCGAGAGACGAGCGGGAGCGCCUGGCGGGCGAGGAGGCGAGUGUGGAGACGGACGAGAAGAUCGCGGAGGAGGGUGGCAAGUCGGAUGAGUAUGACGUUGCUGUCUUGGAGGUGUGAGCUUCGCGUCUAGGUAUGAUUUUGUACGAGACUGUACCAGUGCGGGAAUGCUUGGGAUGGUUGGAUACGAUAUACGACGACAAUUGUAGACAUACACUCUGAAAUAUAGACAUACUGUAAACGACAAUAGAUGUUCACGAUUGUUUCCUG